UUGGGGAUUUUCGGGGUAUUUUUCUGCCCGUGUUUAGUAACCGUAAGGUGCUCGCGCGCCUCUGCAACCCCGGCUUCUCGCCACCGAGAGCGGCUGCAGCGACGAGGGGGCUUCAUCGGUGUCACGAAUCCGGAUUUCCCCAGCCCUUUGCCGGCAGAGAGGGUGGGGAGGACCGGGGACAGGACGCAGGCCAAUGCGAGCUCAGCCAUCACCCGGCUCUGUCGAUUUGACUUGGCAGCUGUUUUACGCCACCGCCGUCCUCUCCGUCCAGUCGCAUUAGUGUUCAGGAAGAGUGCUGUCUGCACACCGUCAGUCAGUUUCCUCCUGUGUGGCGUAUUCUGAUGGAUCAGCAUGUCUACAACUAAUAAUAUCGCCCAGGCCCGGAAACUGGUUGAACAGCUGAGGAUUGAAGCAGGGAUCGAGCGCAUUAAGGUGUCUAAAGCUGCAGCCGACCUGAUGAGUUACUGUGAGCAGCACGCUCGCAGCGACCCCCUGCUGGUCGGGGUUCCCACCUCGGAAAACCCUUUCAAGGACAAGAAGCCCUGCAUCAUCCUAUAGCUGCCUGGGCCCCUCCUGCCCUCACACACACGUAAACACACACGUGCAUACGCGCAUCCACACACUCACACACACACACACCCAUGAACGCACACAUCUAUUUGCCUAAAUUCCAUCCCCAGACACACAUGCCAACACACCAGUAGCUCUGACGAAUACUACAGGGCUGAGUCAAGUAUCCACACUCAUAGAAACACACGCUCCCAAAAUAGCCACGCUGAGAAAGUUGUCAUACCCGGAGCCGCCGCUAGGGGGCAGGUGUCACAUGCUCAGUGGCUGAGAUCACUAUGAUCCAAGGUGCUUUGGUGACAUUCAUUUAUGCUGGUAAAUUAAGUGUCAGCUUAACUUGAAAAAAAAAGGGAUUGGGACAUUAAUAACCGGUUGGAGGCUGGGAUCAGUUGGCUUUUGUCGUGACAUGAGGGGUCGGGUGGAGGAUGGAUGAAAAGCUGUGCCAUAGGCAGGUGUGGGAGUGGGUGGAGGCACGUGGGCACCGGGAGCGGGCGGUAGCCGAGCCGAACACGACACGCCGUCCCAUUAAAAGCUCCACUAGCUUCACUGGUUGCGGGAGCUAAACGUUCUGAGAAGCCUUUGCCUUCAUGGGGCGAUAGCGUGUUCCCAACCGAACCUGUCUGAACAGACCGUCUCUGCCUGUGGCCUCAACUCCAGCUGUGCCAACCUGUACAGAAACCCGCCUCUAGAUGCUGAUCUGCUGUUGCAGCUGGUCGAAACCGAUGUCUAAGCUGACCUCAGGUCUGCACCUAUGAGGGGAACGCGACGAACCACUCCGCACAGAACUUAAGCUAUUAACCCCGGACGUUUACUGCAUUUUUCUUAAGAAUUACCUGUUUGUGAACUCAAUGUAUGUUUUGAUAUUUUGAAGGAUUACGUGACGGAUAAGAUAUUAUUGUACAUCCUUUGAUUGUUUUGCUUUGACCCGGGUGUUGAUCCUGGUCGAUCAGGUUUCUUUUCCUGCUAGUAACAACAGGAGGUCUGGUUGUAAUACCUAACCAGAUGCCUGCUAGGAGCCUGAACAAAGGUUCCUACUGUACAUCAAGCCUCCCUGUGCUUUACCCUGAGAGAGGGCGGGGUUGAGAAUCGGUCUGCAUGGCUGGAGGAGAAACCCCAAAAGUAAAGAGCGGAAGUAAACCCUCACCCUUUCCUUCCUUCUCCACUCAAAUCCUUGUUUUUUUUAAGAUAUAGCUUGUUAGCACAAAGAUGGCGGUGUCGGUGCUUAAACAGUAACAUUCUGGUUAUGAACACGUUACCAGUCUUCCCAGUAUAACGGCUUGCUUCGACACCAGCCCAGACUGGGACCGGUUUGCUCAUGGGCACAGCGGCCGCCCCCGUUCCAUUUCCUCCUCUCCUCCACGAUGCUCCUUCUCUCUGAAAAACCAAAAUUUGAUUGUAAAAUUUGAAGUGGGAUGAAAAAAAAACAUGAAGUUGAGAGAAGCAAAUCAAGUGUAUAAACUUUCUUUCAGACGUGUGCAGAAGUGAUAAGUUGAAGAGUAGCUGUUUUAUUUUGGAGUUUCCUUCUUUCUAUAAAGUCCAUGGAACCUGGUCAGUUGAGUAUUACCCUGUACAGUGUUUGUAAAAUAUCAAAUGGAAACACAGACCUUCCCUCUGUGGAUGUUGGAUUUUUUUUUUUAGUCCUACUUCAUCUGCUCCAUCAUCGAUCAUGUCCGUCUUCAUUGACUUUUUUAUGUUGUCAUUCAGGUUUUAGAGGUUUGCAAUAUCGGAUGCUGGUUUUAACCACAUGUACAAAAACGAACACCCGAGGAUGAAGCCUUGUGAGCUCUGUUGGUGGAGGAUCACCUUUAACACAGAGCUGGUUUCACACCUACACUCGCUCGUGCAGUCGCUCUUUCCGUCGUGGAUGCACGGAUGUCAGGGGGUCCGGGGGUUAAAGGAGGCGCGAGGCUGGAUUUGACAGUUGGCUGCUGAAAGGAGAGCUUUGUGCCGUCAUUGUUACCCUUCAGCAUCUCGGCCGGGGCUUUUGUCCGGGCAGCGGAGCGGGGUGGGGCUGUAGGAACACGACUUGCAGUUGCUGAUCUGGUAAAUCCCAGCGCUUUUCUGAUCUCCAGUCACCAGGUAAACAUGACCCUUGGGCUACGCAGACCUUUGUGCAGGCGACGAGAGGUGCCGGUGUGUGUUCACGGAUCCUCAUCCGCUCAUUUUAUCUUGGCCAGAUUGCAUUUUUAAAGCCUAUUGAUUCAUGCAUUCGAUCUCUUAGUUAGUUAGUUGCUGCAAAACCGAGGCGUAGUUUCCAUAGUGAGCAGGUCAUCAGGCCCCACCUGCAGGACUCUGCAAAGGAAUGUUAACCAUCAGCCGGUGGUAUCAAUCAGUUGACUCUCAAGAUCACAUGCAGAUGCUGAUUCUGAUUUUAAGCCUCACGCUGUGUGCUCGUACAAGCCCCCCCGUUUUAUCUCGCCUGUUCCUUUGUUCCCAGAGAACAGAACGAGCAGGCAGGCGAUGUGCGUGUCUGCGUUUGUGUGCAUGUGCGUGCCUGUGGGCGUGCACCGGUGGAGGGAUGAUCCGGCAGGGCACGGUGUGUGAGAACACGCCGUGCCCGCGGCGCUGUGCAGAGUGUGACGCGGCCGCGUCACGCCGGCGCGGCGCUGCUGCCUUUUCAGGUCGCGGUGAUCCCGACCCGGCUCCGUCGGGCGCGCGAGCGGGCGCUCACUUUGGAGAGGAGUCAAAAAAAGCAGAGCGAGAGGGAGAGAGAAUAGCGCCACGCGCUAGAGUUGUGCAGGUGAAGCGUGGGAAGCUACUUCUGAAGCUACGGCCGAUUAUGGCCUCGGUAUUAGUCACAAACCUGGAGCGUUGCUGCAUCUACAGAUCUUAUUCCAGAGUUCUUUGGACUUUUGAUGCGGGAAUGCAACGUGCAGCUGAACUGAAAGAGAAUCACAACUGCAGAACACUCACACAACCCAGGACAAGCAUAUCACAUCACAUCAGCAGACACAGAUGUCUUACAGAUGCUGGUUCUGUUUCACAAUCAUUCCACGGCCGAUUGGGCUUCAACCAGAGAAUCACUGGUCGUAGUGGAUUGGGAGUUUGAUUGACACCAGGUGGUCGAGGUGGGAAACCACUGGUGUGACACUCAUCAUCAUCAUCUGUCAAGUCGAGGCUCCUACAGGACUUUCAUAUCCAAUCUCACACUCAUCUGUUCUGUUCUGUUCUCCUGAGUAUGCAUACGGUAUAUGUAUCUUUUUGCCUUGAUUGAUUAUGGAGAAAAUAUAUCUAUUUUUUGUAACUGUUCUCUCUGAUGUGCCAUAACUCAUGUUUUCUUGCACACUGUUAAUAUUUUGUGGAUAUUGCUGUUGAAAAAAAGACAAUAAUUGAGAAGUAGAUAACAUUAAUAAAAACAUGAUAUAAUAAAACAUG